AUGAACAACACAGCUUUCUACACUACAGAUCUUAAUAACCCUACUGACUUAGAAAAUGAACCUACACAUGCAGAUAAUAACAGCCAUAUGUUGUUGAAAGGGGUACACAUUCUCGCUAUGGUGAUCUACAGUCUUGCAUUUGUGCUAGGGGUCCUUGGCAAUGGGCUAGUCAUCUUCAUCACUGGCUUCCGUAUGAAGAAGACAGUCAACACGGUCUGGUUCCUCAACUUGGCCAUUGCUGACUUCACCUUCACCUUCUUCCUCCCCCUGAGUGUUGCUCAUGCAGCCCUGAAUUUCCACUGGCCCUUUGGCCUGGCCAUGUGCAAGAUCAUCAGCACCCUCGCCUUCCUCAACCUCUAUGCCAGUGUUUAUCUCCUCACGGUCAUCAGCAUUGACCGUUGCAUUUCUGUCAGGCAUCCGGUGUGGGCUCAGAAUCACCGAACACCUCGGCUGGCUUCUUUUGUGGCCCCGGGUGUGUGGAUCCUGGCACUGGUGUUGUGUUCUCCAAAUGGCUAUUUCAGGCAAACAGCACCAGAUGAACAUAACAAGGAUCAUAUUAUCUGCUAUACCAAUUAUGGUGACACCAAAGAGAUCAUGACGGCCAGGCAUCAUGCAAUGGUCAUCAGCCGCUUCAUCUUUGCCUUUGUCAUUCCCUUCAGUGUUAUUCUUGUCUGCUAUGGAGCGAUUGUCUUGAGACUGAGAAACAAUCAAUUGUCUCAGUCAAAGAAACCCUUCAAGGUCAUCACUGCAGUGAUUAUUGCUUUUUUUGUCUGCUGGUUACCCUAUCAUGUUUUUUCUUUCAUUGAGAUUAAGGCUGGACAACAGCCAAAGAUGCAUUCGUUAGUGAGGAUCGGUCUUCCCUUUACAACCAGCUUGGCUUUCAUCAACAGCUGCCUCAACCCCAUCUUGUAUGUCUUCAUGGGUCAGGAAUUCAAAAAGAGGCUGAGGCUCUCCCUCUUUUCUGCAUUUGAGAAUGCCUUUGCUGAAGAGUAUAGCCAGAGCACAAUAACUAACAAGACUAAAUCUUCAGUUGAGAUGGACUCCCAGGAGCUCUGAGUCUGGCUGAUAUCUCAGUUCUCACAACCGUCCCGAUGCAAGGCUAUCAACGAAACCACUCUGAAUCUGCUUUGCACUGCUCCAUUUCCCUAUCUGUGCAAGGAGAAAGGUUCCUUGCAUUGAGGUUUGAUUCUCUGAGGCACAUCUGAAGAAGUGCAAAACCUAUGAUGAAAUCAGAUGCCUGGAUCCAGAAAUGGUACCUUUGCAUGCAGCAAAUGCAGAUGUCCAAUUAACACAUUUCUGCAAUCCUCAUCUGGUCCCCAGUGAAAGGAGCUAUGUGC